UCUCCAAGAUUACGGCGCUGCUAUGCCGGCGAAUUCUGCCGCGUCGAAUUCCCAAGAUCAGGCCAAGUUCUCCAUGCGAAGAACGUGGGCUGUGGUCUUGUCGGUCUCUGCGAUGGUCGUCCUGGCCGUGGCGCUUCAGAGCAAGGGAGCAGGCUCGGGGCUGCUGCAGCAGAGCCUCUCUCAGAACCUGAUGUCUCAGUUCUCUCGGGACUCAGGCGAUGCGACGCAGUCGCUGUCAAGCUCGAACUGGUAUGGCCAUUGGGGGAGCCAUGACAACCUCUUCAAGCAGUCGCAUGAGAAGAACGCUGCCAACAAGUGGACUACUCAGCUCCAGAAAAUGGAGGCUGCGCAGGAGGAGCGCAGGAAACGCGAAGACAAGGAGUUCUUCGCGGGAGUGGAGAAGGCGUUCGGCAAGAAGACUGCGGCUGGUAUGAUGGCUGCCUUCAACGGAAAGACACGGAACGGCCUCGCACACAUCAAGCUGAACGAGCACAAGUUGAACCAGCGCAAGCAGAAGAUCGUCGAGAACAACCAGCUGCCCAACGUUGCUCAGAAGGUGCAGGCCCAUAAGAAGGUUGUUGAGAAGGCUGAGGAGGCAAAGCCCGAGGCUCAUGCUCAGCACAACUCAGCAGCUGUCAAGGAUGCCUUGAAGGUUGCCAAGAAGAUGGCAGACCACACGGCGUCCUCUCACGUCAAGGUUACCCCUGCCAAGACCGUCAAGCCCGAGAGCUCGUCGGCGAACGAGGACGUGAAGUCAUCAGCAGUGAAGGAGGCGCUCAAGGUCGCCAAGAAGAUGGCCGAGCACAAGGAUCCCGUUGCCAAGACUUCUGCUCCCAAGGAGGAAGUCAAGAAGGCGAAGAAGGAGGAUCUCAAGCAUCCGGGCCUCAUCGCCGACACUCAGAAGAUCAAGGAGCUCGUGCAUGAGUUCAAGCAUGCGCAUGGAGCCAAGAAGAAGGAGAUCAAGGCGAGAGUGAUGUCCCUUCAGCAGAGCAUCACCAGCGACUUCGCCAAGGUGACUGCAUUCGGUCACAACGCUCAGACCGAGUUCGCCCGUGAGGAGGCGAAGGAACAUGGGCAGAAGAAGGCGAACUCGGGCCAUCACUUCAGCUGGCACUAAGAGCUAACCUCUCCUUAAACUUCAUUCCUCUUG